AUGGUGGCGCAAAGACCAAGGACACUUACACGAACCCCCAACGGCAGCGAAUGCCGUGCCUUGACCAAGAUCGAUCAGGACGUCAUGCGCUCCGUGAACUUUGCAUCAUCGCCCACUGGGUUAGAAGUGUACGACCUCGCACCAAGUCACACGUGGAGAAUGGUCUAA